GUCAGCAAGCAAGUUUAAACUCAAAACGCGACAAAACCGAACCUUACUCCACGUUCUUCUUGGUUGGUUCGCAUAGUCUGUUUUCAGAAUCUUCCAUGGCGGUUCUUCGAACACUAUCUUCGACACCGGCGCAGUCGGUGGUCGCGGCGGCGAUCACAGUGGUGGUUCUGGCUGUUGCUGCAGUUCCUGCAUUCGCUGGAGACACGAACGGAGCGUAUUCUCCCUGUACUGACACACGAGUGCAGAGAAACGAUGGUUUCACUUUGGGAAUCGCGUUUUCUUCGAAGGAUAAGUUCUUCAAUGGAAACGUUCAGUUGUCUCCCUGUGAUUCGAGACUUUCUCUCUCGAAUUCGAAUUCGCAGAUCUCUGUGUUCCGACCUAAGGUUGACGAGAUCUCGCUGCUCACCGUCAAUUCCUCAUCCUUCGUUGCGGAUUCUUAUGGCUAUAUGGUUGCAUUUGCUGGCCGGAAAUACGCGGCAAGGUCUCCUCCUGCUUUUAUUGCAAACAGCUCAUUCACCGUGACCAGUUUCACUCUUGUCCUUGAGUUUCAGAAAGGCAGGCUGCAAAAUUUAUAUUGGAAAAGAGAUGGGUGUUCUAAGUGCUCAGGUAACUCCAAAGCUGUGUGUCUAAACAAUCAGGAUUGCGCGCUGCAAACUUCAACCUGCAAGAGCCAUGGAGGAUCCGUGGAUUGCAGCAUAGGAAUACAAUUGGCAUUCUCCGGCACAGAUGAACAUCUUAGAGCUCUCAACUCUUGGUAUGAAGUGAAAAACCUUCGCCAGUAUUCACUCUAUGGCCUUUACUCGAAUCUCAGAGAUUCCCUCACUAGCCAGUAUGACAAGUUUUUCUAAUUCCCUUUUAGUUCUUUUAUUCAUUUCGUUUGUAGCAAUAUAUAUGUUUAGUUUGGUUCUCUAUCAACUGGAUACGCUUGCUGAUCAUUCCCUUCUAAAUAUAUCUGUAUGAAUCUUGAACAAUGGCGUGUAAAUUUGUAUACCAAAGGUUAAGGUUACUUUCAAAUACUGGAUAAA